AGCAGCAUGAGUGUGGACGAGGACGCCCGAUGGCUGGAGUGGGUCACCAGACAGUUUGAGAGCAUCGCCGGGGACGACAAAGAGAUCGACAUCGACGAGUUCAAAACGGCUCUCAAGGUCAAAGAGUCCUUCUUCGCCGAGCGGUUCUUCUCGCUGUUCGACUCCGACGCCAGCGGCUCCAUCAGCCUGGACGAGCUGCUGGAGGCUCUGGACCUGCUGAUCCACGGCAGCGAGACGGACAAGCUCAGGUUCCUGUUCCAGGUCUACGACGUGGACGGCAGCGGCUCCAUCGACCCUGACGAGCUGCGGACGGUCCUGAAGUCGUGUCUGCGUGAGAGCGCCAUCUCUCUGCCGGAGGAGAAGCUGGACGACCUGACGCUGGCGCUGUUCGAGUCGGCGGACCGGGACAGCAGCGGAUCCAUCACCUUCGAGGAGCUCAAGGCCGAGCUGGAGAACUUCCCAGAGGUCAUGGAGAACCUCACCAUCAGGUCCCAAACUCCGCCUAUCACUCUAUAA